ACAAAAAAUAGGUAUUUUUCCUCUACUAAAUGAUGAUAGGUGAACAUCAUACCUAGAUAUUUUAUUGUUUCCUUUGGAAAGUUUCGACAGCACAGCAACUGCUAAACAAAAAAUGAAUUUAGUUUCCCGAUAUAACCCCAGUGGUUAGUAAAUGUGAAUGGAGAGUAAACUCUCACGCUUACAGAGAGUUACACAAACCCACGGCACCUGAAAAUAUUAUCACAGGCACUGCAGCUUCCCUUCUAAAAAAUUUCGGGCCUCAAAUAAUUCAGUCUCUGAAAGCAAUAGAAAUUACAGUUUACAGAGAAUAACUGCACAAAGAAAUUUACCUGCUUUUGUUGCAACCUGUCUUGUCGCUGGUUGAAAUACGACGAAUUUGAAGAAACCCCCAAAACGUCGUUUUAGUUUGCCCUAAAAUUCGUACGGAAAAAGGGCUUAGGGUUUGAUCAAUUUUUCUUCCAGAAGUCUCUGUUCUGCGAGAGUUUACAGUAAGCAGGUGUUUACUGGUGGUGGCCGCCAUUGUUGCAGAGUCCAGAGGCUAAAAGGAGUGACUUGAGUACGCCGUUUGAAGUAGAGACUAGUGACAACUGCAAGCAGUUAGACUUUCCUGGAUUUGUUGAGCAGAGAUAGGGAUCUGGGAAAACGUAUCAAAAGGCAGAAGGGGGAAGAAGAAUAUAGAGCACUGAAGUCGGUCUGGCAUAUUUUUAGUGGAAAGGAGGAAAGAAAGAACCGACAUAAUCUGAUUGUGUCUUGUGACGAGUUUUUUAUGGGAUAAGAUGAAAGGAAAAAGAUAGAAAUUUUCAGAAGAGAAGAGGCUUUAGUCAUUAUAUUGUGUAAGAAUUUUUUCAAUCAGAAUUUUAGGUGUUGUAGAUCACACCUCUUGAUCUAUCAGCUAAAGAGAAAAAAAUGACAACAGUGAAGAAAAUUGUAGAGACGGUGUUGCUGCCAUUGCAACUUAGCCUAGGAAUUUUCCUGGUCAUGAAGACGACACCUCUUUGGGCGGUCAUUCAUUGCACCCUUGCCUACUUGCUCCACUGCCUCUAUUUCCCUUACACAGAUUACAAACAGCUCCAUGGAUUUAAAGGUCGAGUCUUCAAAAAAGUGGUCUCUCAUGCCACUACUGCAGGAGAUGUGUCCAAAGCCAAAAAGCAGAAGGUUCCUAACAAACCUAAAAAUCUUGGGGACUUGAUUGCAAAUUCUGAGAUGGGUAGGUCAGUCUCAGUGGUCUACCUGGGUCAGAGGUUUGAACUGCAGCGAAUGGAAGGAGACAAGAUGCAAGUAAACAUUGGAUUCGAGCGAAAGGAUGGAGAGAAGAUUUCAAUGAAGGUCGGGCCUGCAUAUUACAUCACAGAUAAAAUGUGGGAAACUGUGCAGUACAUUGUAAAAUUGCCUCCAGAGACCGUGUUUGUGAAAAACCAUAAAAAGAUAUGGGAAGAAGUGGUCACGGGCGAUAUUAUGGAGUUUGAAGAAGUGCUUGAUUCAGUAAUAUUGGACAACCGUGCGGUUGUUCGUCUGGACCAUGAUUACUUUCUGCCUGUCAACUUACUGUUGACGGAAGAUAGGUUGCAGAGGACUUUAAACUUUGUGGGUUUGUUCCUAAACACUCAAAAGCAAAUCCAUUGGCUCAUUCCCGCAUGUCUAAGCUUUACAGCGGUAGUAAUGGGGUUCAGCACAACACUGAGGCUGUCUAUUGUUGGAUGGAUCGGUAAAGUCUUUUGCAGAGGAUUGCAGUUUCUGUGUGAGCUGCUCCCAUUGGCAAUGAGGAGGUCGGCAUAUUCUUGGGGAAGCUGGGUGGAGCGUUUUAAGCCCAGUAACGACUUGCAAUCAAAGAUUGUCAGGGGCAACGUAUCCGUACUCAUUGCUGGAGGUGCAAAAUUUGAAUCUGAAUCUAAGAUUGAGCGUAUAAUUUUCGCCGACUGUUCAGUAGAUGAGAUUUAUUCUGGAGGCGGCCCAGUUUUGUUCGGAUGUUACUCAAAAUCUGAUUCCAGCUGUGACUCGGUUUAUAUUGAGUGGAUCUUCGAGAAUGCUCAGAAAUGUUUGUUAAAAUUCGGUCGUGUUGCAUCAAAGAAGGUUCGGUCGUCUUUAAAUCCUGGUCAUGUUGAAUUAAAGGAGGUUAGGUCGUCGUUAAAAGCGGAUAAUACUGAUAUCGAAUCUGGUGAUGGACAUUGCAGCACGAAGGAAAUAAAAAUUUUCACAUCUGAUUUUCUCAAGGCACAGGAAUCGUUAAUGGCGGAUGAUAUUCAUACUCCAUCACUGGAUAUCGAAUGUAGCAAACAGCAGGCCAUAAAACUAUUCAUAUUUGCUGCUUACAUGGCAGAGCUACAGUCAGGUUCAUUGAAAUCUUAUGACAGCAAUUCUAAGACUGUUUAUGUCCGCCGUUUCAUAGAGUCGAUCAACGCCUAUGUCAGAAGCGGCUAUCCACCACUCCACAAAUUAUACUUGGAGGGUGUAGUUGUCCGCUGAUAUCAUGCCUAAAUUUCUCUUACAAUUCCUUGAUAGCUAAAUGAAAGUGUACUAGAUUCUUAGAGAUAAGAAAUGUUGUGUAACAGGUGUCCGACCACUUUGGAGGAUGCAGAUGCUCGCAGAUAUAACUUUAGUAUAGGAUAUCUUAUUUAAAUUUUCCUGUAAGCAAUUAUAGUUCUCUAAUUGCUAAAUAAAAAUAUAGAAAUAUAGUGUUUUUCUGCAUUUA